GGACACGGACUCACACCGCUCUAAGUUUUUACUCGCUCGGUGGCAGAAUUAACGUUAAAUAGCGUUAAUGCAGCCGAACAGAAAAUAGCAGAUCCUCCGAACAGAACCGGAUCACUUCAGUCAGACCGGACCCAUUAAUACUUCUACAGAGGAUGGAGUCAGACAGUGAGGGGCGACUCAGACGUGGAGGAGAGGAGGAGGAGGAUGGAGAGCUGGAGGAGGUCCUCAGUAACGUCUCAGCUCCUCAGCAGCUGCUCCCGAGCCUGGACAAGGCAGACGACUCAUGUCCUGAGUCCUACAGGAUCAACUCUCCUGAUGAGAUUCAACUGUUGGCCAUUGCCGACAACUUCCAGCGUCAGUAUUCACACUUGUAUCCCAGCCGCAAGCCGCUGCUGCUCUGCCCUGUCAAUGAAUAUGGGGUUAAGAAGUUUGUUUCUACGUCUCUUCGGCCCACACCGACACCCCACCCUGAACUUUUCACCUGGGAGGGCUGUGCCUCCUUUGUGGCUAACUUCCUGUCUCUGGACCCUUUGGAGCCUCCUGCAGACCUGCCCAGGUACUUGUUCUCCUCCACCUCAGUGCUGCAGAGUCAGAGAGCCACAUGUUUUGAAUUUGCCACCCUGCUGUGCAGCCUGCUGCUCGGCGCCCACUACGACGCCUACUGUGUCAGCGGCUACGCAGUCAGAGAGAUGUGUCUGCUCGACCAGAGCCUGCAGGAGUGCCCUCUGCUGGACAACAAGGUCAAGAGUGUGAUCUCAGAACAGGAGUCACAGGAGAACAAAUACACAGUGAAAGCUCUGAGGGAGCUGAAGAGUCACUUUGUGAUGCAGCAAGAGAAGAAGAAACAGGAAGAUGAAGCUGCGUUGCUUCAACAACAAAAACUACAGGAGGGGAGUGAGCAGCGACCUGCCGACCCCCUGCGGGGGCUGAGGGUGCACUGCUGGGUGCUGGUGCUGUCAGGAAGUCGGAGCGUCCAGGAGAACUUCUUCAUCGACCCUCUGACCGGGAUCAGCUACAGCACCGUCGAUGACAACUUCCUGGGCAUCGAGAGCGUGUGGAACAACCUCAACUACUACGUCAACAUGCAGGACUGCAAGAACGGCUGCGCUGAUAUGGUGUUUGAUCUGGAAGAUUUAAAGAUGUGGGAGCCAGUCUUAUACGGUGCAGCCAGCAAAAAGCAGCUGAUACUUGACGUCUUAAAGAAGAAGACAGAGACUAAGAUGAUGAGCAGAAUUAGCAAGGAUGAGGAGGAGGAGGAGGAGGAGGAGCCCCGAGUUUUUGAGAUGCCGAGAUCCUGGGUCAGCUACAUCACCAUCUCAAAAAAAGACCUGGAGACCCGCUGGCCCAGAGGACAGAAAGUGACCCACUACAGAAAAGCGAAGCUGGAGAACUUUGCUUCAUACCUGAGGCCAGACGGCCUGGUCAUACGACUGACGACAUACAAAGACCUGGACUGCACUGAGAUUGCGAUGGUGAAGGAGUGGUAUCAACACAGAAACGACCACUUGGAGGAGAGGGAGGUCAACAAGGUCGACAGCUUCACCACAGAACGCUUCAGCCGUGGACGACCUUUCCACCUUUUAUUUCACAGGUAUCCAACCCUGACUGCUGACACUGUGCACGAGAUGGAGUUCAGCAGCGCUCGUAUCGACAACAUGGUGCGCCGGGUGGUGUCACCAGGUGAAAUGACGGAGCUCUUCGAGAACCGGACCGACUUCCUCUACUACAGGCACGUCAUCUUCGAUCGACACGUCCAGUUUUCAGAACCGCAUGUGGACGCUGACCUGGACGACCGACCGCUACAGGUGGUGGAGCGUUUCCACAGGAACAGAUCCAAACCCACCAAUGAGGACGUGGCAGAGCGAGUGUUCCUAUUGGCUCAAAGGCAGAUUGAGGUGACCUAUCACUUGGAGGAUCACCGAUUCAUCCCCUCAAAGAGGAGUUUUGUCAAACCACUAGAGUCAACGGAGCAAACGAAGGCUGAGGACUUCACACCUGACAUGGUCUCCAGCUUCCAGGUGGAUCCAUCUCAGAAGCCUCUCAAGACCCUGACUCUGUAUCAUAUAUUGAUGGCCCUGAUAAAGGAUGAGGAGAAGGUGACUCUCCAAAUCAAAGAGUCUAAGAAAGAGGUGAGAGACAUUGUGGCCUGCAGAGAGCAGGAGGAGGGAGGCGUUCAGCUUUUCUUCUCCCCAUGGAGCACAGCAGGAGCUGCCCGGGCCCGCAGACAGAGACAGGAAAUGGAGCGUGUGGCUGAGGAGGAGGAGAGGUGGCUGCAGGAGAAGGAGAAAGACAUUCUGGCCCCCCUCCUGAUCCGGCUCGACAACGCCGAGAUUCUGAGCGCCAAGGACGCCAAGCAGCUCCACCAGGACUGUUUGGCCGAGUUCAAACAGAGACUGGUAGAGCACGCCAACCUCAUUCAGGAACGCUACGAAAAGGAAACACAGGAGCUGCAGAGGAAACAGCAGUGGUACCAGAGGAACCAGCUCAACAUGACAGUGCCACAGGAGGAAGAGUACCAGACCUACUGUGCUGCCAAAACACUACAAAUACAUGUCGCCAAGAAACGGCUCAGCAUGCACAAGGAAGCAGCUCCUCAGAGGUACCAUGCUCUCGAUGAGAAGCUGAGAGGAGACCCUCGACUGGCCCCUCACCUGGUCAGCUGAGCCCAACACCUGCCGUCUUUUCAAAGAGAACAUGGAAUAGAUGUAGAUCUGCUCUCAGAGUCAGUAGGGGGCAGGUGUGUGUUGUUUGCAACAACACCAAAUUCCAGAGUCUGAAAUAACUAAAACAGCUGAGCUACGAAGUGCAUUUGAGAUAUUUCUGUUUUUCUCUUUGUGAACUGCUUUUAAUGGUAAUAUCUUUACCCCAGCAAGAGCCUCGUGUGUUAUGGUAGUUAUGGUAGAUGUAUUUGCAACAUCUCAGAGGUUGAAUGUCACUAAUUUCAUUUAAUACUCUUUGACUUGUAAUGGAGCAUUUUCACCUGGUUGACCUGGAUUUCACCUGGAUUUCCAUAAAAUUUGCCUUGAA